AUGGUGACCCGUCGCAGCCGAAGGGCUCAAAAGAAGCCCCCAGAGGUAGUGCCGCCAAAGUCCGAUGAAGAGCAACCUGAUGCGGAGGCAGGGGAUGAUAAUACUGGUGAAAGUGACGAAGAAAGUGAUGAUAAAACUAACACCACUGAAACUAGUUCCAGGCCACGACGACGGCAAAAAGGAAGAAAACCAAGAGGGUCGGGGGAAUCUGAAAACGAGGAUAACUCAAGUGACGAGGGGAAGAGUAAAGAAAAUACGGAUAGUGGUGCUAGCUCUGAUGAUGAGCCACUAUCUGCCAAAGCCAACGCCAAGAGAACGCGGCAACAAAAGAAGCCUGCUGAAACGGACGGCGAGGGAAAGAAGACUCCUAACCGCAGAGGAAGGCAGCGGAAGAACGUUGAAGAGGAGAGCAAUGCUGAAGACGGAAGUGAUGCUGAAAAAGAGACGAUACGGAAGUCCAGGAGACGAAAUGCUGGACGUCGCAAGCAACAGGACCCUUCAUCUGCAAGCGAAGACGGAUCGGCCAAGAAACGAACACGAAGAAGAGGCCGGCCAAAGAAAAGUCAAGAUGCUGAAGACAGUGACUCAAAAAUGGAAACUGCUGAAGAGGAUGGUGGAUCAAGUGAAGAGGAAUCGACCAAUAAACCGACACGAAGACGCGGUCGACUAAGGAAGAAUCAAGAUACAGAAGACGACAACUCGAAGAUGGAAUCCGCUGAAGAGGAGUCCGCAAUCGCAGAGGAAUCGACCAAGAAGACGGCACGAAGACGAGGUCGACGAAGGAAAAAUCAAGAUACCGAAGACGACGACUCGAAGGUGGAAAGUGCUGAAGAUGAUGGUGGAUCAAGCGAAGGGGGGUCGACCAAGAAAAUAACACGAAGAAGAGGUCGACUAAGGAAGAAUCAAGAAACUGAAGACAGCGAUUCGAAGAUAGAAACUGCUGAAGAGGAUGUUGGAACAAGUGAAGAGGAAUCGACCAAGAAACCGGCCCGAAGACGAGGUCGACCAACGAAGACCGAAGACACUGACUCCAAGAUGGAAACUGCUGAAGAGGGUGGCGGAUCAAGUGAAGACGAAUCGACCAAGAGACCGAGACCAAGACGGGGUCAACAAAAGAAGAAGCAAGAUGUUGAAGAGAGCGACUCCAAGAUGGAAAGUACUGAAGGAGGUGGCGGAUCAAGUGAAGACGAAUCGACAAAGAAACCGAGACGAAGACGAGGUCAACAAAAGAAGAAUAAAGAUGUUGAAGAGAGCGACUCCAAGGUGGGAGCUGCUGAAGAGGACGGUGGAUCAAGUGACGUCGAAAACAAGCGCAAGCCCACCGGAAACGACGAAGCGACCUCAAGACCUGCAAGAAGACGGGGAAGAACCAGGAAAUCAUCCGAGUCCACCUCCUCCAACGACGAGGGAGAAGAGGAGACUCAACCAAAAGACGCCGAGAACAAGGCCUCAAAGCUGGACACAGCUGCUGACCCAGUGAGCAAUGAUGUGCAAACCAGGGACAAAGAAGCGCAGCCGAAAAGUGGUCGUCCUGGAAGACCUCAAAGCGGAUCUGCUCAUGAAAAAGGAAGUAGUGAAGCAAGAGAGCCUUCAUCAAGAAAACGUGGCAGAACACCCCCCGUUCCCAGCAGCGACGAUGAACCUAAUGGUUCAAACCAACCAACGCGGGUGUCGAAGCGUCGCCUGGAGAGGGUCGACGAGACUUUUGCUGCUGCAAUUGACUCUGCUACACCUUCCGACGAGAAAAAUGCAAAUGAAGAUUCUGCUGAGACUAGCAGCGAGAAGCCGACUACACAAGAAGAGGCUAGCACGGAAGCUGCUGCAAAGGACAAAAACGAAGAUGGAGGCUCGUCUUCUAAGCCGGAACCAAAGCAAGAGAAACAAGAGGCGACAAGCACGGAAGCUGCUGCAAUGGACAAAAACGGAGGAGGCCCAUCUUCUAGGCCGGAGCCAAAGCAAGAGAAGCAACAGACUGAAAAUGAUAGCACAACUGAAACGUCCACACGUCGUCCUAAAAGACUACGAGGAUCAACAGAGCAGCCAGCUGAAACCGCUGCGACAAAAAUCAUUUACGAUGCUGAGAAGAAUGAGAAGGAAGACAAGGAUUGUGAACUGGAAACGCAAGGCAAGAAACGUUCAAGAACAGACGUGAAUGAAUCUACGAAUAAUGCCCGUGACAGCGCUGGGGAUUCUGUUGCAAAGCAAGUCGAGCCAAUCUCCACGAAGGCGGAGGCCAACAGUUCUCCCAAAACUGCCGAGGAGAAAGACAGUGAGAAGGAAAAGAGCGAAAGCAGCAAAUCAACGCAAGACCACAACGACGUUGAUCCAGGUACCAAAGUACGAGUCACAGAGGCAAAGGAUCCAUCAGAAGCAGCGACAAGAAGCGACAUACCUGAUGCUUCCGAGAAGAAGACUUUUCCAGAAGGAGAAAAAACUGAAGUUAUUGUACCUACGGCUUCAAGCGGUAGUAAGGAUAUUGGCGAUGACAAAAAGGCCGAUCUAUCAACAAAGAUGGGGCCUUUGGUGACCAAGCCGUUACCAACAAAAGUUAACCCUUUGGUGACCAAACCCUUACCAACUAAAGCUAACCCUUUGGUGACAGAUCCCACUGCAAGGCCAAGCUCUGAAUCGUAUGAAGUGGUUUCACACGGCAAUGCUUCUUCGGAAAAGAAGGCACAGAAAUCGGAUCAGUCGGAAUGUCAGGUUUCCGUCGAGCACAACCAGAGCAAAGCCAUUGCUGAUAACGAUGGUCCGACAUUAUCCUUGGAACCACCAACAACGAAGAUGGAAGCAAAUGAUUCUCCCAAAGUGCAGCCUUCGUCUCCCGUCUCCGCUAGUGUCCAGCCUUCAACAAGCGACGACAAGAAGCCAACUGCCGGUUUUUCAGAUCCUGCCAUGACCCCGUCAGAAAAAACGGACAAGAGUGAGAACCAAAAUGGCAACAGAGCAAGUGAUGAUAUGGAUGUAGACAGCCCGGUCAAAGACGUUACGAUGGCAGGUGUUAAGAAAAAGACACCUACUCCUGGAAUGGCAGUGGCUGUUGAAACGAGUCACGGGAAGGAGUCGCAACCCAAGCCGUCAGAAAUUGCGCCAUCUAUUCCCCGACCCAAAGCAGUGCAAACCGUAGUCCCAGGAGAAAAGGAAGAAGAAAAAAGAUCAUCUUGUGAUGCUGAGCUCCCGGUCAUUGCAUCGGCUGCCAAGAGCAUGUCGAACGAAACGAUGGUCAUUCCUACUGACACGAGCACCCCGCGCGAAGAGUCAAACGCAGGAGCAACCGAUUCCAAUGAACCCGUUGCUUCUGACAACAUUUCGGAAUGCGUCGAUUCAUCCCCUGUCACUGAAUCAUCAUCAGAAGAUGACGACGAAAGCGACGGCGAAGAUGAUCGACCAGAGCCACGUUUCGAAACAAAAGCAAUGCCUUUUACUUCUUCAACUCUUUUGCCUAAUGCAAACAAGCAGCAGAAUUCUCUAGAAUUGCUUGGAAACAAGGUGGACAGAGUGAAAACUAUGCUGUACACGAUUGGAAGCAGAGUACACCGCGGACACGGGUUUGAGCGUAUAUUUGCUAAGUACUGGGAUGCUCUUACAAUGAGGCUAUCCGAUCGUUUGUCAAGCUAUGCUAGCCGUCAGUGCAAUGCCGCGGUGAAGGCGUUUCUGAAAUCCCCAAAACUUCGAAGAAUUCACAACAAGUUGGUUGUCACUCUUAUGAAAACAUCAAUGAAGUCGUUUGCACCUCUGAAUGAGAUUUCUGAUCACAUUCCGGAAGUGUGGUAUGGCAAGGUGAAACAGGUUGAUCGCGUGCUCGUAGAGGACGGUGUAAAGGAAACAAAACGUCAACGGAAAGCUCGAGAGAAGAGAUCUGCUCGGAAACAGACGACCGUCUACCGGGAGGCGUGGGCGUCAACACAGGGGACCGAAGAAAAUUCUACCUCAGCAAUCUACCUCAAGACUCGCAGUCAAGAAGUAGACAUGAGGAAGAUCUAUGCAUCCUCAGCUACUAUACCUGGGGCUCUUGUGAUUGACCCCCUUGUGCGCGACAUUGCCGAGCAGAGCAACAUGCGUGCAUCUGAGAAUGCGAUUUGGCUUCUAAUUAUUGCGGCUAGAGAGCACACAUCGAAUGUUUUGAAAAAUGCUUUGCAACACAAGGCAGAUAUGGAGUGUGGCGAGGUAUCAGAACCAUUUCUGCAGUAUCCGAAUGUAAUUGCAGGCACAAAGAUCGCACCAAAGAAAGAUACGCCAGCUGAGACGACGGAGCAACAGCCAACUGCUCCUGUGGACUUCAGACCUGGAAAGUCGCAAAAGCGGAAGGUUGUCACCUCCUUUGACAUUUAUUCCAGUUCGUUGGCCGUUCCUGCUGGCCCACCGGCAUCUCUUGGUGGUUCUGUCUCGACGACAGCUUUAGAGCUUGGUUUGCAAAAUGCUUAUACUUCUUCUACAAGUUGCCCUGGCACAGACUUCUCAGAUGUGCAAAAGCAUAUUGUCGAGAGAAUAACUUCACUUGCACAAGACCGAAAGGCUAUGCUGCUUGCACGCGGAGAGGAGGCAAAAUCGAACCAAAUGAAUUUAGUGACCAGCCAACAGCAAGCGGUGAACAAUGGGCAGAACGUUGUAAGCAACAACAGCGUUGUUAGCAACCCUCAAGUUGGAGUUGGAGCCACAUCAGCUGUAGGAACACCCGCAGUCAGUUUGAAUGCCCCAGCCAGAGGUCAAGCUCGCCAGUAUCAAAAUAGCAUUCCCACCACAAAACCAAAGCCAGCAUUGGCUGUGCAAAUGCAACAAGGAAAAAUUGAGACAAUUCCAAGUAGCACACCAACAAAUGUUGCAGCAGCUUCGUUGAAUACUCCAGCGAUUGCUAGAGAGGCAAAGCCUGUGGCUACAAUUCCUGGUCGACUCGGUCGUGGGGCCAAGGAUUUAGCGGCUUUGAUAAAACGAUCUUCUGCUGAGCCAGCUCCAGCUCCAACCGCAGCCCCAGUCAGCAACGACAAAGUCAGGGUUGCAACUGAAAGCACGACGGUCCCUCCGGCAAAUCCUCACACACAGAAGCCAGCCGAAGGCAGUGGCACCGAUGAGCUCGGUACCUCAACUGGCUCCGGUAGACGUGGAUUAGGAUUCGGCAGAAAGAAUCUUUCUGCCAUGAUUUCUCGUACCCCAAAGCCUGGCGACGACAAUAAUGCCCCAAAACCUGGCGAAGACAAGGCUGCGCAAGCCACAGUCGUGCUGAAGGAGCAGCAAAAGCAAAUACCAAAGACUGGUACAAGACCGACUGGUGCGAAAGACUUGAGAGCAAUUAGAGGUGCAGCAGGAUCGAAGGAUUUGGCCGCCCUGAAAGCACGGUCUGAGGCUAGGGUUAGCAGCGAAGCAGUGAAAACGACGGAAGAGACAGAGCAGAAGAAAGAAGCAGGACCACAAGGGGCGGCGAUCGACCCAAAAUCUGCACAAAAAGUACCCGAAACCUCCACGGAAGCUGAUACGCCAAUUGCAGCCUCUGUUCCGCCCAAACCAUCGAAUUCGACUCAAAACAAGGCAGAUUCAUCGAUAGCACCACGUCCAGCCAACGCAGCGAAGACAGAUUCAACCAAAGCUCCAAGUCCAGCUGAUAACAAGAACGCGGGUGCCCCAGAUUCCAAUGAUACCAAUAGCAGGGACAGGGAUACCAAAGGUGGCGAGAGUGACGACAGUUCCGUCGUAGUCAUUGAAAGUGUGAAGCCGGCACCAAAGGCUGGCAACAAAGACGCUUUUUCGUCCAGUGAAGGUAAUAAGACUGUUGCGUCCAUCGGACAGCCCAAUGGACACAAGGUCGAGGUGAAAGAUGCAAACGCCCCAAGAAAUACCCAACCAAGACCAGUAAUUGCACCUGAAAAGCCAGAGGAGUCCAAGUCAGCAAAAAAAAGCUUGGUAGAAAAGGAGUCAAAAGUUGCCAAGGACGCACCGGUCACUUCUGAAGCGAAGGCUACGUCGGAAGCAAAAGGAGACGCCGUGGGCGGCCAAUCUACUGCAAGUCCACCUACGGCAGCUACUACGACUGUUCCUGCAGCUUUGGCUGAUGCGGCAACGCCAAAGACUGGCGAGAGUGACCCGGCAAGCGCAUCAAAAUCUGACGAAAACAAGCCGAUGAAAGGCAGCACAGUGAAACCUGAUGGAACAAAGGCUGAUGAAACUGCUAGAGCCAAAGCUCAAGAAAUCAAGGUGGAUUCUUCCAAUGCUUCCGCAAAAACGGAUGAAAAAGCUGAACAUUCCAAGUAA